AUGUCUAGACUCCAAGACAAAGUGGCCAUCGUCACCGGAUCUUCCUCUGGAAUAGGGAGGGCGAUAGCUUUGGCGUACGCCCGCGAGGGAGCUGCCGUCGUCUGCGCCGAUCUGAAGCGGGAAGCCCGAUCUGCCGGCCCAGAGCCGCAAGCCUCGGUUCCAUGCACCAAUGAAAUGAUCACCAAGGAGGGUGGACGAGCAAUAUUUGUUCGCGUGGACGUCAGCCAGGCGACAGAUGUGCAGAACAUGGUUGAGCAAGCAGUGUCGGCCUUUGGACGUGUCGAUAUACUCGUCAAUAACGCGGGAAUCUCUUUGGAAGCCGGACGUGCACCCCUAAAGCUCCACGAGACUCCGGAAAGCACUUGGGAUAUUACCAUGGCGGUCAAUGUCAAGUCAGUCUUCCACUGCUGCAAGUUUGUCAUUGCCCAGAUGCUACAGCAAGAAGUGGUCAACGGACAUAGAGGAUGGAUCAUCAACAUGUCCUCCAUCUUUGGACUUGUCGGUGGUCGCUUUAAUAUAUCCUACGCUGCUGCUAAGGCGGCUGUAUCAAACAUUACCAGACAGGUAGCUUUGGACUAUGCUGAGGAUAAGAUUCACUGCAAUGCGAUAUGUCCUGGAUACACACAGACCGCCAUCUUUUCCGAAACAAUAACCCAUCUAGAUGAUGCCAAAGGGAUCGAGGCUCGACAUCCCUUUGGUGGCGUUGGUAAACCUGAAGAUAUCGUAGGCGCGGCCAUUUUUCUAGCUAGUGCAGAAGCCUCAUGGAUCACGGGGGUUUGCUUACCAGUCGAUGGAGGUUACACGGCACAGUAA